AGCCGCCUUACCUGAGCGUAGGCCGCUCAGUCGACUUUCAGACGUGGUCGUGUUCAGUUCGUGGCAUCGUUGAUUGCGUUUGCAAUCUCCUCCGUGUCUGUGUCCCUCACUGUCGAUGUGCAGCUUGUUGCCGCAUGCAGCCAACGUUCGUCUCGAGUGGCAAAUGUGAAAAAUGCAAAUUUGACAAUACCUGCAGAACGGUCGUCGCCAGUUGUCAGUGAAGUUACGAUCGCGAGUGCCACACAGCCACACAGCCUACCUGACCGACCCAUCAGCGUCUUUGUCUGUGUCAUCAUCCCUCAAAACUCUUGGAAUCCUGGCGGGGGGCAAGACAAACAUCAACAGCGUCGGAUUCGCAUCCGUUUCCGGUUCUUUCAGUUGACUAUUAUUCUACUUGCACUCCGACUCGCUCCGUCGAUCGGUACUUUUUCAUGAAUGAAAUUUUAAUUUCGACUCUGCCCGCGUGUGUGUGUGUACAUGCGUAUGUGUGUGUGAGCCUUCUGUCCAGCUCCAGCUCCAGCGGUGUCAACUGACGUCCCAUUUCAUUCGUUUAUUGCCGCUGCCGCCGCCGCCGCCGCCGCUGUUGUCGCUCCCUGGGCGUCGGUGCACCGUAAAGAUCUUUAUCGCAUUCUAAAUACGUUCUGGAGCAGAAGGCAGAAGACAGCCGCGUUGUGUUUUCGUUUUCGUGUUUGUGUUUGUGUGUGUGUCAGGGCCCAGUGCCCAGUGCCAGCGCCAGUUCCAGUGCCAGGUAGAGGCCAGGUUAAUGCUGUUUAUUGUUCUAUGAACGUUGCCAGCGAUCGCCUGCCUGCUCUCUGUUUAAGUUUCGCACGCUGAUAAAGAACCAUGGCACACUAUCUCCGGACAUUGGCAGCAACCAGCAAGAUGUGGCCCCAGCUAAGCCUAUUUGUGAUGCUCCUCUGUCUGUCUGUCUCCACGCUGACAGAGGCCAAUGAACUCAAGGAUCUGCUGGAGGAUGCCACCACCAGCACCAGCACCAGCAGCAGCAGCAGCACCAGCAGCAGCACCACCACAGCGGCUAGCAGUGUCCCCGCGCUAUCCACGAGCACCGCCACCACACCCACUGCCUAUGUGGUGUCGGCGGCUGCCGUGCCCGUGGCAGCAACCAGCACAGGGAAGAGCAAGUCCAAGUCUUCGGCCGUCAAGUACUUUAACAAGAGCACGCCCAAGAAGCGGAAGGCCGAGCAGGUCUCCUCGCUGCCCCUGCCCGUCGACGAUGGCCUCAUGGAGUGGAAGUGCCCGAAUAUAACGAGCUCCCGCAACGCGGAACUCGAGUGCGGCUGCGACUUGCCCCACACCCUGAGAUGCAACAUCGAUCUGCACGGACUGCUGCUGCUGGCGGACAGGCUGCGCACCUCCCCGUACUCCAUAUCGCUGCUCGACUGCUCCCUGCGCAAUGUCUCCUUUCUGAGCGAUGCGAAGAUCUUCGACGGCGUCUCGCUGCAUGGGCUGGUCAUCUCCUCGGGCGAGAUCAAGCGGGUGCACAAGUCUGCCUUCUUGGGCAUCAAGGGUCCCCUGCAGGCGUUGGGACUGCCCGGCAAUGCGCUGCUCAGUGUGCCCUGGAAUGCCCUCUCCACGCUGGGAGCGCUCGAGCGCCUGGAUCUGGCCAAUAACAAGAUCAAGGCCUUGGGCACGGCUGACUUUGUGGGCCUCACCAAUCUGGUGUACCUGGAGCUGAGCAGCAAUCAGAUCUCGAGCAUAUCCCAGCGCACAUUCAGCAACCUGCGGAAGCUGGAGGUGCUCAAGUUGGGCGGCAAUCGGCUGGGCGACUAUGCCCAGAGCCUGCGAUCCUUGAGCCAGUGCCUGAGCUUGCGGCAGCUCGACCUGACGGCCAACAAUCUGAACGGGCCGCUCAGCGCGCAGACGCUGGCGGGGAUGAGGAACCUGGAGAGCCUCAACCUCAAUCGGAACAUGAUCAAGAGCAUUCAGAACAAGGCGCUGGCCAACUUCUCGCGGCUGGUGAGCCUCUCGCUGCGCCACAACCAGAUCGAUGUGCUGCAGGACCACGCCUUCUACGGCCUGGGCGCUCUGGACAGCUUGGAUCUGAGCUACAACGGCAUUGUGGCCAUCUCCAGCUCCUCGCUGCAGCACCUGAGUCGUUUGACUGUGCUCGACCUGACGCACAACUUCCUGCGCGCCCUCACCUCGGAUCUGAUAGCACCGCUGCCAUCGCUGCGGGAGCUGCGGCUGGCCGGCAACGACAUCUCGAUUGUGGCCAGGAACGCCAUGGAUGGGGCACGCGAGUUGCAGAGCCUCCAGAUGCAGGACAAUCCGCUGUCUUGCGACUGCAGCAUUCGUCCCUUUGCCGAGUGGCUGCAGGUCUCUCAGCUGCACUCCAGCCUCUCCGCCUCCUGUGUGACGCCGCCGCGCCUCGAGGGAGCUCCGCUGCUGCAGGUGCCCGUGGAGACGCUCAGCUGUGACAUGGACAAUGUGGAGAAGGACAAUGCCAACAUAAUGCAGCAUCUGGAGACCUUGGCCAAGCCGAAUCAAACCUCGCCCGUCAGGGAUUUGUCAGAGGAGAUUAUACUCCACGAUUUGCACUAUUCGAAUGACUACGGCCUGAUCCUCACGUGGCUGCUGAAUCUCAGCAAGAAGGACUACAUGUGCGAUGCCAUCUUUGUCUACAAGGAGGAGAACAUCAAUGAGAUUCUCAUCGACAACUCGCCGAUCCAUUGCGAGAGCAAAGUGGUGAAUGGCCAGAACACGGUCAGCGUCAUCGUACCCGACAGCUCCUCCCUGGACAUAGGCAAAAGCUACCGAUUCUGUCUGGUGAUGGUCGAGGAGCAGAAUCCCCAGGCGGACCUCAACAUCGGCUGCUCCAACAUCACGCAGCUGCAGCUGAGCAGUCCGGGCUCCAUUCCCGUGUCGCGCCAGUACCAGCGACGCCCCUACUACACGCCCAACGAGCUGAAGACCGACUCCCAGGAGCAGGCUGCCAGCGGGGACUAUCAGCACAACCAGCGACAGUUCAACAGCCUGGCGGGCAGCCAGCAGCAGCAGACGCAUCCCCACCAGCAGUCGACGCUGCUGCACAGCUACACUGUCAUCGAUUCGCUCAACAAGAGCUUCCUGCCCGGCCUGGGACUGGGCGUUCUGGUCACCUCCGUGCUCGUUCUCAUCUGGGGUGCCACGCGGCUCCGGCAGUCGGGUGGGGUUAAUGGCAGCGGCGCCGCAGCGGACAGGAGCAGUGGCAGCGGCAGCGGCAGCGUUGGCAGCAACAGCAGCAGCAUCCACAACAACAACAACAACAGUCGGCCGGGCACUCCGACGGCGACCACCUGCUACGCCGCCUCGGAUCACAUAGCCCGCCUGGCGGACGCGGAGAGCGGAACGCGCUAUCUGAAGCUGCAGGCGACGACGAGUCUGUGAGGCAGCAGCAGCAGCAGCAGCAGCAG